AUGACAACGAAUAUUGUGGAGUCCAUUAAUUCAGUUCUUCGUUUUGCAAGGAUGCUUCCGGUGGUACACUUGAUCGAUGAAAUUACAAAUCUACUUCUGUAUUGGUUUAGUCAACGUCGAGAUUUAGCAAUGAAAUGUCAUUCUACGUUGUGCCCUGAUUUAGGCGAAAAGAAGUUAAGGAAGAGGUUAGACGCUGCUUCAAGGAUGAAUGUGGUAAAAAUCAAUGAUGUGGAGUAUAAUGUUAUGGAUGGUGAUUUGAACGGUUUGGUGCACUUGCAAAACCGUAGUUGUACGUGCAGGAAGUUUGACUUAGAGCAACUCCCGUGCAAGCAUGCUAUUGCGGUAUGUCGGCACUUGAAAUUGAACCCCUACUCCCUUGCCUCUUCGUAUUAUACACGACCUACAUGGGCAGCAGCAUAUGCUGAAUCUAUUUAUCCUGUACCACCUGAAGGCACAUGGGUUAUUCCCGAAAAUUUGAACAAUGUUAAAAUCCUCCCUCCUCUUUCUAAGGUUAUGCCGGGCCGUUGCAAAUCGCAAAGAAUAGCUUCUAAAGGAGAGGCCUCCAGUGAAAAAAAAAUGCUCAAGUUGAUGCAUAGCUUAGGUGAUGCUGGCGGGAUGAAAGUCCGUCAAGUUAAGGGUCAUGCCAGGCAUACCGAACAACUUAACAAGUCCCUUGGAAUGACAUUCUAG